UGCAGUGUUAAGUUUCGGAAUCAGCCGAGGAGGAAGUCAUAAAUAACAUUAAUUUCUUUACCAUUUUUUUUUCGUGUUCCUAGGGUCAUAUAUGAUGAACCUUGGUUUUCACUCAUACUUUAAAUUAUAGAGUUAUUAGUUAUUCCCUAAUUCUUUUCUGCGGAGUCAAUGAAACAGUUGCUCAUGAAUUCAUUGUUGACUUAAGAGGCUUUCAGAAUACUGCUGGGAUAGAGCCUGAAGAUGUUGUGAAACGUCUCAUGGAUAAUGGAUUUCAUGGACCAACAAUAUCAUUGCUUGUGCCCGAUACACUCAUGAUUGAGCCUACUGAAAGUGAAAGCAAGGGAGCCCCUCGUCCACCACCACUGCUCGUGGGCUUGUAGCUGAUGCAUGGACAAAACCAUAAUCCAGGGAGUAUGCAGCCUUCCCUGCUUUAUGGCCGUGUUGCAAAGUUUUGGCUUACCACAGGAUGGUGACCGCAACCUGAUUUGCACCCGUCUCCCAGCAUCAAGUGUUGUUGAAGAACAAGCUGCUGCUGCAGCAGCGUUAUUCCAUCGUCACCUAUUUUCAUUUCCAGAUGAACAUAAACUCUAUUAACUUUUGAUUCCUCGUAUGAACAUGACGAUAAUCCACCGCUCUCAUGUUUCAUUCAUCCCCUCUGCCCGAAAAUGCAAUGGUUCCCUUGAGACAGGUUCAUCCACAUGCUUUUCCAACACAUAGGAGACAAUCUUCAACUGAUUUGUUCACGGAGUUAGAUCAUAUGAGAAGCUUGUUACAAGAGUCUAAGGAGAGAGAGGCCAAGUUGAAUGCUGAGUUGGUUGAGUGUAGGAAGAAUCAGAGUGAGGUUGAUGAGCUUGUGAAGAAAGUUGCUUUGUUGGAAGAAGAGAAAAGUGGUCUUUCUGAGCAAUUGGUUGCAUUGAGUAGGAGCUGUGGAUUGGAGAGACAAGAGGAAGAUAAGGAUGGUUCAACGCAGAAUCUUGAGCUUGAAGUUGUUGAGCUGAGAAGGUUGAAUAAAGAGUUGCAUAUGCAGAAGAGGAACCUUACUUGUAGGCUUUCUUCUAUGGAGUCUCAGUUGUCUUGUUCUGACAACUCUUCAGAGAGUGACAUUGUUGCCAAAUUUAAAGCCGAGGCAUCACUGCUCCGGCUCACAAACGAAGACCUAAGCAAACAAGUAGAAGGUUUACAAACAAGCAGAUUAAAUGAGGUGGAGGAGCUAGCUUAUUUGAGGUGGGUGAAUUCGUGUUUAAGAACUGAGUUAAAGAAUACAUGCUCAACAUUGGAUUCUGAUAAGCUAUCUAGCCCUCAAUCCGUUGUGAGUAGCAGCGGAGAUUCUAUUAGUUCUUUCUCUGAUCAAUGUGGUAGUGCAAAUAGCUUCAAUUUGGUUAAGAAGCCGAAAAAGUGGCCAAUAACUAGUAGUGAUCAGUUGUCACAAGUAGAGUGUACAAAUAAUAGUAUCAUUGACAAAAAUUGGAUUGAAUCGAUUUCGGAGGGAAGCAACAGAAGAAGACAUUCAAUUAGUGGUUCCAAUAGCUCAGAGGAAGAGGUUUCUGUAUUGAGUAAAAGAAGACAAUCUAAUUGUUUUGAUUCUUUUGAAUGUUUAAAAGAAAUCGAAAAGGAAUCGGUGCCAAUGCCAUUAUUUGUUCAACAAUGUGCUUUGGAGAAGAGGGCAUUAAGGAUUCCAAAUCCACCUCCAAGACCUUCAUGUUCUAUUUCUAGCAAAACAAAACAAGAAUGUUCAGCUCAAGUUCAACCUCCUCCACCUCCACCACCGCCACCACCUCCUAUGAGUUUUGCAUCGAGAGGUAACACGGCGAUGGUAAAACGAGCACCACAAGUGGUGGAAUUGUACCAUUCACUCAUGAAGAGAGAUUCUAGAAGGGAUUCUUCAAGUGGAGGACUCUCUGAUGCUCCAGAUGUUGCAGAUGUUCGUAGCAGCAUGAUUGGAGAAAUCGAGAACCGUUCGUCACAUUUACUUGCUAUAAAGGCAGAUAUUGAAACACAAGGAGAAUUUGUAAAUUCAUUGAUUAGAGAGGUGAACGAUGCGGUUUAUGAGAACAUAGAUGAUGUAGUGGCAUUUGUGAAGUGGCUUGAUGAUGAACUUGGCUUCCUUGUGGAUGAAAGGGCUGUCCUUAAGCAUUUUGAUUGGCCAGAGAAGAAAGCUGACACAUUAAGAGAAGCAGCAUUUGGAUAUCAAGAUUUGAAAAAAUUGGAAUCAGAAGUUUCCUCCUACAAGGAUGAUCCCCGGCUACCUUGUGAUAUUGCUCUAAAGAAAAUGGUUGCAUUAUCAGAAAAGAUGGAACGUACGGUUUAUACACUUCUCCGCACGAGGGAUUCACUGAUGAGAAAUUGCAAGGAGUUUCAAAUUCCUGUAGAAUGGAUGCUUGAUAAUGGAAUUAUUGGCAAGAUAAAACUAGGAUCAGUUAAAUUGGCCAAAAAGUAUAUGAAAAGGGUAGCCAUUGAAGUUCAAACAAAGUCAGCAUUUGAUAAAGAUCCUGCAAUGGAUUAUAUGGUUCUCCAAGGAGUGAGAUUUGCUUUCAGAAUCCAUCAGUUUGCAGGAGGGUUUGAUGCAGAAACAAUGCAUGCAUUUGAGGAACUUCGCAAUCUUGCUUCUCUACUUAACAAGACAUAAAGAGAAUGAUGAGUUCAUUUCCAGCUUACCAUCUCAGUAAGCCAUAUACUAUGAUUGGAUUACAUUUUUCAUAGGUGCAAUCUGGAUUGGAUUAGUUUUGUAUUUGGUCUAUGAUUGCACUACAUUUUGGUACUAAGAGAUUGGCAAGAUUUUGUUGUAUAUUAGAUAUAACCGGGGAAUUUUGGGAGAGAACAAAUGUAAUAUCAUUCAAAUAGCAAGAACAACUUCAAAAUCAAA